UCUCUCAUCUUCAACCCACUGCGAGCAUCAUUCGGCCACGAAGAUGCUUCCGUUGAGGAAUCCUAUCAUGAACGACGUGGCUAUACACUUUGCCCGGCGAGCAGCUCACACGAGCUCAGCUCAGUCUGCCUCUGCCAUUCCCAACCGUUACUCUCGUACAAUCACCCAACCCAAGGAUCAAGGAGCUUCGCAGGCUAUGUUGUAUGCGACAGACGGUAUUGAAAACGAUGAAGAUCUUCAGAAACCCAUGGUGGGAGUAGCUAGCGUGUGGUACGAAGGAAAUCCUUGCAACAAGCAUAUCCUGGAGCUCGGAAAGCGGGUCAAGAAAUCUCUGAGCGAUGCUGGUGUGACUGCAUACCAAUUCGGAACCGUAGCAGUCUCAGAUGGAAUCAGUAUGGGCACUCGUGGCAUGUCAUAUUCUUUGCAGUCUCGAGACUUGAUAGCCGAUUCUGUCGAAUCCGUAGCUGGUGGACAUUGGUUGGACGGCAUGAUCGUUAUUCCUGGCUGUGACAAGAACAUGCCUGGGACCUUGAUGGCAUUAGGGAGAUUGAACCGACCCGGUUUCAUGGUUUACGGUGGAACUAUCAGGCCGGGAACUUGUGGUGGUGGGUCGGACGGAAGGCCACCAGAGGUCUUGGACAUCGUUUCUGCCUUUCAAAGCUACGGCAAAUAUCUAUCUAUGGGUCAGACAGAUGAGGCCGAGAAGAUUCGGUACGAGACGGUGCGAAAUGCGUGUCCUGGAGCUGGAGCAUGCGGUGGAAUGUAUACGGCUAAUACGAUGGCGUCUGCCACCGAGGCUUUAGGAAUGGCUCUUCCAGGAUCGUCAUCAUUCCCCGCAGAAUACCCGGAGAAACUUUCAGAAUGCGACUCGGUGGGACCUGUAAUGCGGGAACUGUUAGAGAAGAAUAUCCUACCGAGAGACAUCAUGACUCGUGAAGCUUUCGAAAAUGCCAUGGCACUCACAAUGGCCCUCGGUGGCUCGACAAAUGCGGUCCUUCACCUGAUUGCCAUCGCUCACUCCGUCGGCAUCAGUCUCACCAUCGACGAUUUCCAGAAAGUUUCAGACCGCGUGCCAUUCUUGGCAGAUUUGAAGCCCAGCGGUAAAUAUGUCAUGGAGGAUGUCAACACCAUUGGCGGUAUACCGAACGUCAUGCACUAUCUGAUCAAGGAGGGAAUCAUGACGGGAGACCAGAUGACAGUCACCGGGAAGACCUUAGGCGAGAACUGCGAGAGAUGGUUUGAAAAGCAUGGACACAAGUGGAAGGAUCAAAAGGUCAUUCGCCCACUUUCUGACCCCAUCAAGUCGACGGGACAUAUCCGAAUCCUACGAGGAAACUUGGCGCCUGGCGGAGCAGUAUCGAAAAUAACUGGCAAGGAAGGUCUCCAAUUCAGCGGGAGAUGUCGAGCGUUUGACGUCGAAGCAGACUUUGUGCAUGCGAUAGAAAGUGGCUCCAUCAAGCAGGGCGAAAAGACUGUCGCGGUGCUUCGGUAUCUUGGUCCGCAAGGUGGACCCGGCAUGCCAGAGAUGUUGAAGCCAACAAGUCUUGUGAUGGGCGCAGGUCUGGGUUACGAUGUAGCUUGUCUGACAGAUGGCCGCUUCAGUGGAGGAUCUCAUGGAUUCGUUGUGGGCCAUGUUGUGCCUGAGGCACAAGUCGGUGGGCCGAUCGCCUUGGUACAAGAUGGAGAUAUGAUCCAUAUCGACGCUGUCAAGAAUACUUUGAGCGUCGACGUGUCGGACGAAGAGAUGGCGGAGCGAAGAAAAAGAUGGGUAGCACCACCGCUCAAAGUGAAGCAAGGUACUCUUCUCAAGUACGCUCGCCUGGUCUCUGAUGCCAGUCAUGGAUGCGUCACCGAUGGGACACGGUAACGUGAAUAGAGAUGGUAGCCAUGACGUGACGUGUUAAUGCAUCUCGAAGGUUGAUGAUAA